CAACCGUGACGUCACGGCACCGCCCGUUGGACAGGUAAAGUUCACUUCUUGAGCUCGCGGAGCCGCGGCGUCCUCUCCCUCCGUCGAAAGCAGGUUGUUGUGUUGGUGUGACGGUGGGGGCUCUGCUAUGGAUCAGUGUGAGGACAGAGAGGAGGAAGCCCCUCCCUCUGAAACCUCUCUGUGUGGGCAACAUGACAGAACGACCACAGCUCAGAGGAUCCAUCAGAGACCUAAAUCUCCUGAUCCCAGCUGUGUGUCCUUCAAGAGCGACCGGUCGAAGGGGAUUGGUAUUGAUUUUAAACAAAGACAUUUAUCUGAUAAAAAGAUCCAUCAGAGACCUAAAUCUCCUGAUCCCAGCUGUUUGUCCUUCAAGAGCGACCGGUCGAAGGAGAUUGUUACUAAUUUUAAACAAAGACAUUUAUCUGAUGAAAAGAUCCAUCAGAGACCAGACUCUCCUGGACCUGGUUCUGAGCCUGAACCCAGCUGUGUGUCCAUGAAGAGUGACAACAGUAUGAGGUUUCCUUUAGACUUCAAAGAUAAACUCCAGUCGGUCGAUCCAAGAGUGGACCAGGAAAGCUCAGAGGUUCCCAGUGCUCAGUCUGCCCAGCAGCAUCAAACACAGCUGGACUCCAUAUUUAUGCUGCUGGAGGAGAACAUGGUCACUUUUGUGAAGAACCAGCUGAAGAAGAUGCAGAAGCUUCUGAGUCCAGAUUACCCAGAAUGCUCAGGGAGUCAGAGGGACGAUGAGGAGGUGAUGGAUGGUGAGGAUGAAGAGCAGAGGAGCAGCAGAGAGGCAUUUGAGAAGAUCACAGUGAACUUCCUGAGGAGAAUGAAGCAGGAGGAGCUGGCUGACUGUCUGCAGAGCAAACUUGUUGCUGCAGUUUGUCGACGUGAACUCAAAUCUACCCUGAAGAAGAAGUUCCAGUGUGUGUUUGAGGGGAUCACUAAAGCAGGAAACCCGACCCUUCUGAAGCAGAUCUACACAGAGCUCUACAUCACAGAGGGAGGGACUGGAGAGGUCAAUGAUCAACAUGAGGUCAGACAGAUUGAAACAGCAUCCAGGAAACCAGUCAGACCAGAAACAACCAUCAGACAAGAAGACAUCUUUAAAGCCUCACCUGGAAGAGACGGACCAAUCAGAACAGUGAUGACAAGGGGAGUGGCUGGCAUUGGGAAAACAGUCUUAACACAGAAGUUCACUCUGGACUGGGCUGAAGACAAAGCCAACCAGGACAUACAGUUCACAUUUCCAUUCACCUUCAGAGAGCUGAAUGUGCUGAAAGAGAGAAAGUUCAGCUUGGUGGAACUUGUUCAUCACUUCUUUACUGAAACCAAAGAAGCAGGAAUCUGCAGGUUUGAUCAGUUCCAGGUCGUGUUCAUCUUUGACGGUCUGGAUGAGUGUAGACCUCCUCUGGACUUCCACAACACUGAGAUCCUGACUGAUGUUACAGAGUCCACCUCAGUGGACGUGCUGCUGACAAACCUCAUCAGGGGGAAACUGCUUCCCUCUGCUCGCCUCUGGAUAACCACACGACCUGCAGCAGCCAAUCAGAUCCCUCCUCAGUGUGUUGACAUGGUGACAGAGGUCAGAGGGUUCACUGACCCACAGAAGGAGGAGUACUUCAGGAAGAGGUUCAGAGAGGAGGAGCAGGCCAGCAGCAUCAUCUCCCACAUCAAGACAUCACGAAGCCUCCACAUCAUGUGCCACAUCCCAGUCUUCUGCUGGAUCACUGCUACAGUUCUGGAGGAGGUGUUGAAAACCAGAUGGAGAGGAGAGCUGCCCAAGACCCUGACUGAGAUGUACAUCCACUUCCUGGUGGUUCAGUCCAAACUGAAGAAGGUCAAGUAUGAUGGAGGAUCUGAGACAGAUCCACACUGGAGUCCAGAGAGCAGGAAGAUGAUUGAGUCUCUGGGAAAACUGGCUUUUGAGCAGCUGCAGAAAGGAAACCUGAUCUUCUAUGAAUCAGACCUGACAGAGUGUGGCAUCGAUAUCAGAGCAGCCUCAGUGUACUCAGGAGUGUUCACACAGAUCUUUAAAGAGGAGAGAGGCCUGUACCAGGACAAGGUGUUCUGCUUCGUCCAUCUGAGUGUUCAGGAGUUUCUGGCUGCUCUUCAUGUUCAUCUGACCUUCAUCAAGUCUGGACUCAAUCUGAUGUCAGAAGAACAAUCAACUUCCUGGUUAUCUAAAGUCUUCAGGGACAAAUCUAAACCCAAACAUUUCUACCAGAGAGCUGUGGACGAGGCCUUACAGAGUCCAAAUGGACACCUGGACUUGUUCCUCCGCUUCCUCCUGGGUCUUUCACUGCAGACCAAUCAGACUCUCCUACGAGGUCUGAUGUCACAGACAGGAAGUGACUCACAGACCAAUCAGGAAACAGUCCAGUACAUCAAGAAGAAGAUUGAAGAGACUCCCUCUGCAGAGAAAAGCAUCAACCUGUUCCACUGUCUGAAUGAACUGAAUGAUCGUUCUCUAGUGGAGCAGAUCCAACAGUCCCUGAGAUCAGGACGUCUCUCCACAGAUAAACUGUCUCCUGCUCAAUGGUCAGCUCUGGUCUUCAUCUUACUGUCAUCAGAAGAAGAUCUGGACGUGUUUGACCUGAAGAAAUACUCUGCUUCAGAGGAGGCUCUUCUGAAGCUGCUGCCAGUGGUCAAAGCCUCCAACAAAGCUCUACUGAGUGUCUGUAACCUCUCAGAGAGAAGCUGUGAAGCUCUGUCCUCAGUCCUCAGCUCCCAGUCCUCCAGUCUGAGACACCUGGACCUGAGUAACAACAACCUGCAGGAUUCAGGAGUGAAGCUGAUCUCUGCUGGACUGGAGAGUCCACACUGUGCACUGGAGACUCUCAGUCUGUCAGGAUGUCUGGUCACAGAGGAAGGCUGUGCUUCUCUGGCCUCAGCUCUGACAUCCAACCCCUCCCAUCUGAGAGAGCUGGACCUGAGCUACAAUCAUCCAGGAGACUCAGGAGUGAAGCUGCUGUCUGCUGGACUGGAGGAUCCACACUGGAGACUGGAGACUCUCAGGGCGGAGCCUGGUGGAGUCCCAUGGUUGACUCCAGGUCUGAGGAAGUAUUCCUGUGAACUCACAAUCGACACAAACACAGUUCACAGACAGAUCAAACUGUCUGACAACAACAGGAAGGUGACACAUGUGGUGGAGGAUCAGUCAUAUCCUGAUCAUCCAGACAGAUUUGACCUUCGACCUCAGCUGCUGUGUUCAACUGGUCUGACUGGUCGCUGUUACUGGGAGGUCGAGUGGAGAGGAGGGGUUCAUAUAUCAGUGAGUUACAGAGGAAUCAGCAGGAAAGGAGACAGUAAAGACUGUGUGUUUGGAUGGAACGAUCAGUCCUGGAGUCUGAGCUGCUCUAAUGAUGGUUGUUACUUUGUCCGGCACAAUGAGGAAAAAACACGCCUCCUCUCCUCUUCCUCUUCCUCUUCCUCCUCCUCCUCCUCCUCUUCCUCCUCCUCCUCCCCCUCCUCCUCCUCCUCCUCCUCCUCCUCCUCCUCUUCCUCCUCCUCCUCCUCCUCCUCUAACAGAGUAGCAGUGUAUGUGGACUGUCCUGCUGGCUCUCUGUCCUUCUACAGAGUCUCCUCUGACUCACUGAUCCACCUCCACACCUUCAACACCACCUUCACUGAACCUCUGUAUCCUGGGUUUGGACUCUGGUAUCAUGGGUCUGUUUCUUCUGUGUGUCUGUUGUAGACAGAACCUCCUCCUGUUGGAGAAACUGUCUCACUGCUGCCCAGAUAGUUCAGUCUGUACAGGAUCACACACAGCUGAUGUUAUUUAAAACCAACAUGGUUUCCACAUGGUUUCCAGUUUGUUGUUGUUUUCUGUGACAGUCUGUCGUUAACGAUUGCAGAUGUAUCCAGAGGUUUUCCAUGUAGAUCCUGAACAUCAGGCACAAACAUGGUCUGCAUGGAUCACUUCAUAGAUUUUCAUACUGAACAGCAACAUAACAUCACGUCACUGUUAACAUGUCAUACAAACAACCUCCUGUGUCUCUCUGCCCAUGUUUGGCACUGGCAACAACAUGAGCAAAACUCCACACAAGCUAAAAUCAAGACUCAGCUGUGGAGACAAAACCAAAGAUUUAAAGUGUUGGUCUGGAACAACUAGAAAUCAGUCACAGAGGAGGAGCCACAGAAAAAUGAAGAGAGAUAUAUUCCCUCAGAACUACAGUGUAUAACCUUACUGGUAUUUUACACUUUUAACUGGUGUCCUGUUUUUCCUCCUGUAUAUUUUACCUUUGCUUUUAUUUGAUGUAUUUUCAUUUCAGUUCUUUCACUUGAUUGUGAAGCUCUUCAUGUCUGUGACAAAUGUUUUAUAAGUAAUAAUACUGCUGAACGGCCGAGUUGAAGACAAUCCAGUGGUCUUCCUGUAAAUAACUGUGUUGCUUUGGGACCAUAGACUGUAAAUUUCACACGGUUCCAACUGAACAAAUUAUCACUAAAUAUAAAUAACAAUAAUAUAUUUCUUCAUAUUUGCAGGAAGAGCAAAGUAUUAUAAAAAUGACGCCAAGCUCUUUAUUGAGGGAAAAGAAAUUCACAGAGUAACAUCCACUAAAAAGUUGAUGAUAAAUGUUGCAGAACUACAUCAAUAUUAUUGAAAAUCAGUGGGUGAAAUCGACUCUUAAAAUAUGGAAAAAUGUUGUAAAACAAUAUAAACUAGAGGGAGAUAUGUUAGUCCUUAAAUUGUGUGCAUACCACUCAGAUUUUACACCGAAUAGAUUGGAUACUACAUUUAAGGACUGGUAGCUAAAGGAAUAACAGUUUUAUGUCUUUUUAAAGAGAAACACUAACUAGAAAAACAGGACGACUAUCAAUAUCUGCAAAUACUACAUGAUGUUAAUAUGAAAAACCUGAUCAGGUACUCUAUCACACCUGCCCAAAAAUCCCAUUAUGAUAAUAGUCUCCCUUUUUGCUGGAGAAACUGUGGAAGUCAAAAUGCAAACCACUGCCAUGUUUUCUGGGACCUUGUCAUCAAAGACUGUUGGAGAAGGAAACACAAGGCCCUACAAGACAUUCUGAAAUACAUAAUCCAUAAUUAACACUGUUUGCUUUGGACAUAUAUCUCAAGACUGGACAAAACUAGAGAAAUAUUUAAUGAAUAUCCUGCUGAGAGAUUAACAGCUUUUAUCAACCAUAAAUUGGAAAAAUGUAUUGUAUACUGGGAAAAACUGAUUCAUUAUGUAAAGUCACUACGGCUGGAUUUUAGUUUUACAAACCAAUAACCGCUAUAGAGAAAAGAUCACUCUCUAUCUGCUCAUGUUUUCUUUGUUUGUUUCUUCUUUUUCCAUGUAUGUAUAGGUAAAUACAAAUGUCAUAAAUUCAGUCUCAAGUGUGAAAUACAUUGUAUGGAAUUAUUAUA